AUGGCCACCACCGAUGAUAAUCUCUCUGAUGGAGAGUCCUUGUUGAGGUCACUUACCACAGGGUUGAACAAAAGUUAUCGGCUCCGAGAUAGGCUUAAAGCCUUGAGACGUGAAAAUGGCAAUCUCAGGGAGGAAAUCGAGAAACUACAGGAGAACUCGCCAGGGCCAGCACAACAAGGCCAUGAUGUUGUUCUUGAGAAACUACGGCUAGAAAAUCAAAAUCUCAAGGCCGAGCUCUCCAGUGCCAACAGAGCCUCUCAGCCGCCGGGCCAAGUUGCCCACCUAUUCAAGCAAAAUGCAGAAAAGCAGGCCGAGAUUGAUAGUCUAAAGUCCAAGCUGCGUGCUUUGCAGUCUCAGAAGCGUAAAUGGCGAUUGCUGCAUCCAGACUUUUCGUCCCCUGUCGUCUCGUCUGAUGAAGUCGAUCGAAUUCCUUCAAUGGCGCCAGCAAGUCCGAUUGCCACCAGUUCUACCCACACGCCAACACCAGAGCAGGACCAAAGUGCCCGAAAACGCCAUCGCACUCAGAGUCCCGCUCCAAAGUCCCCUCUUCGCGAAAUCUCGCUCAACCUACCGAAUGGCAAUACAGAUGCCCAAGCUCAGUCCAAGUUCAGAGUAAGAAGGCGUGGCUCGCAUGGUUCCCACGCUAUCGACACGGUAGCGGAGGAUGGGGAAGAUCAUAAUGCUCCCAAAGGUCCACCAGAAAAAGGUGCCGUCUCUCCAAAGCUAGAGUCGUCUGCCCAUCGACGGUUGCACAAUUUGCUGUCUGCCCCACCACCGGCUGUUCAAUUCUUGUCUCGCCCAAGCAGCGUCAGUAAAGAGUCAUCGGUACGGCCAGGGCUUCAAUUCUUACCUGUCAAAAUAGCAAUCACGACAGGCCCAGAAGAUGCAGAACCAUUCCGCUCCCGACCACUCAACCGACAAGCAUUGUCACAUUUCAAGCUGAAUCCCCAGUACAAUGAUGGCCUGGAUUUUGCAUUCAACGAGACUGUUCGCAAUCAAGAGGCUCGAAAAUGUCUUGCCGGGUGCACGAAACCUGGAUGUUGUGGGGAUAAAUUCAAGGCAAUCGCGGCGACCCUGCCACGGAGCGCGAUGGGUCUCUCUGAUCAUGAGCUUCUACUUGAGUACCUUGGUCAAGGAUCGGAGGCGAAGAUUCAAGGCAUGACACCUCUAGCGAAAAAGAAUCUAGUACAUGAGGCUCGAGCAAAGAAGAUGGCCAACGCCUUUGGUAAAAUGCAUAGAGGUUCUUCGGAUCGACCUAAGACACCACCAGAGUUUUGGGGAGUAGAUGUGCUUGGGUCACAAGAAGAACGUAAUUCUCAUCAACAGGCUAACUUGCUCGAGAGGGGAGAAGUGGAGAAACGAUAUCAAGAGGCUCUGAAAGAAAAUGGUCGAUGGGUGUUUGCAGAUGAAUGA